AUGGAAACAGCCAAGCUCAUGAUCAACCACCUGCGCAACGAGAAGUCCAAGAAUUCGUUGCACAUCAAGAGAGGUGAGACUGUGGCACUGAUGCUGAACAACCUUGGUGGCCUCACUACGAUGGAGAUGAACAUCCUCGGCAAGGAGGUCAUCGCAUAUGUUGAGCACCUUGAUGUCCACGUGGUGCGCGCUUACACGGGUCUCUACAUGACAUCACUGGAAAGCGCUGGCAUAUCGGUCUGCCUGUUGAAGGUUGACGAGGAGGUGCUCCGCUACCUCGAUGCGCCCACUAAUGCCCCGGCCUGGACAAAACCGUACUGCACAUCAGUACCUCGUUCCACACCGACCGAGCUAGAGCCCCUGGCACCCAAGCACCGCCACGACGACAGGUGCUGCGAAGCCCUGGUAUCCCGGGAGAAAGAGCUGAACAAGCUGGAGUCUGAGAGUGGCGACGGGGACUGUGGCGCUACGCUGGCCGCCGGAGCGUGCGGCGUGCUGGCAUAUCUCAGCUCAAAGCCUCCGCUAGAGCAUCCGAGCUUGGUGUUCUGCCAGCUGUCCACCACAGUGAGCUGCAGCAUGGGCGGUAGUUCGGGCGCCCUCUACAGCUUGCUGCUGCUAGGUGCCUCACGAGGUUUCCAACUCGGAACCGGCUUCAGUGCCUGGGUGACCGCACUUUAGCUGGGCAUAAAGCUGGUAUGCAAGUACGGCAUGGCGCACGUCGGAGACCGGACCAUGCUGAAGCCCCUGGAUGCAGCGCUGACUGUGCUGAGUCGCAACGCGGCUAGCUACCGACCCGAGAACCUGCCGGCGGUGCUGCACGAGACGCUGGAUGCCCUGGCGGCCUCCACAGCUGCCACGAGGACCAUGUGAGCCAAAGCCGGCCGUGCGUCCUACGUGAACCCGGAGAUGCUCAAGAACCCGGACCCGGGGGCACGCGCUGUCGAGAUAUGGAUGUCGCGCGCCAUUCGCGUCCUGCUCUCCGAGGGAAACGGCAGCGGCAGCAGAGGCGGCGGAGGGUCGCCACAAUAAUCUAAUUCAAUUGCUGAAAUGCUGUUCGUUGCCGCAUUUUGCAUAUAGUAA